AAUAUUUUCCUUCAGUCAUAACCUGCUGCUGUUGACAAGCUGUCCCAGCUGAAAUCCUCAAAAUUUUAAAGUUCUAAACUUUAUCAAAUUGCUGUCACUCCUUUCAUCAAUCUGUGAUUCUGCUUUAUCAGCGCAGUAAUUUGUAAUUUGCUAGUACCAUGGAUUAUUCUACUCCUACACCCGGUCUGUUAACGAACAUAUUUUUGCAAAUAAUGCAAAGUCCUUUAAACAUUGCCCUCGUGUGUAUUAUCGGAUUUCUAGUGUAUAAAAUUUUCAAGAGUCGAAAUAACGAUGUACCCGUGCGAACUACGGUCGUGGAAUUACCGAAAAUGAAGAAAAGAGACUUUACAUUGGAAGAAUUAAGGAAAUACGAUGGUACCCAACCAGAUGGAAGAGUUCUUGUAGCUGUUAAUGGAAACGUUUUUGAUGUUACCAAAGGAAAACGCUUCUACGGUCCAGGUGGUCCAUAUUCACCUUUUGGAGGCAGAGAUGCUUCUAGAGGUUUGGCUACUUUUGAGGUUAAUGCUGUUAGUGAGAACUACGAUGACCUGAGCGAUUUAAGCACCAUGGAAAUGGAUUCGAUAAAGGAAUGGGAGUCACAAUUUCAUGAAAAAUACGACUUCGUGGGAAGACUGUUGAAGCCAGGUGAGCAGCCGACUAACUAUUCAGAUGAAGAAGACGCAGACGAAUCAGCAGCCGGCGGAGAUAAAGCAGACAAGGAGAAAAAAGAAGAUUAAAUAAUCCGCAAGAGAAGAAAAAAAAAAAAUAAAAAAGGCUGACGCGGUUAUAAACACCGAUCUAAACUAAAAGUAAAAUAUUUCAAAAAAAAACAAAACUUAAUUUCGAACUUUUUUGUAAAGCAUUAAAUAGUACACUUUGUCCUUAUAUUUAUAUUAUAGUUCACCGUUCUCUGUUUGUUUGAGAGUAAGCUGAGUUUUUAAAUAAUUUAUUUGUAAUUAUAAUUGAUGUGAUUUAAAAUAAAUGGUUAAGCAUUGUGUAAAAAUAAAAAUACCAAAUCAGUGUCCUUUCAUCAAAGGAAUGCAGCAAGAGAGACCUGGUUACGGAUGUGGUGCCCUUGUAGUAAGUACACAUAAAAAAUGUCUAAGAAACAAAGUUUUUUCCUAAUAUAUACAUCAAUUUUGAUUGAAUUUUUAAAAGUGACAUACCGUUAUAAUUUAACAAUAAAACACCGAAAACGUUUGUUUUCUAUACUUCCACAAAAUUUAUUACAACUAUGUGACUACAGCUGUUUCGGCAGAGUGCCUUUCUCAAGUGAUUUAGAUUACUCUGGGUUGGCCUUCUUAAAUUCUUUAACUGAAGAGGUUGAGGAGUGGGGAGCUGUUUGUCUCGAGUUGGUCAUUCAGAAUUAUAUCUGUAUUUUUCAAUUUAUUAAUUUCCAUAGAUUCUAAAAAGAUAGCUUAAGGCCUUUAUUUUGAAUAUGCAGAAUUUGAAACUGUUCAUUAAAAGAAUGAUUAUGAUCUAGAAGGUGAAGUGCGUAUGUAGAGUGUAUGUUUUUCUAUUGUUGAAAGCCCUUUUGUGUUCUGCUAUCCGUUUGCCAAAGGUUCUGCCAUCCGUUUGCCAAAGGUUCUGCCAGUUUGACCGAUGUAAGUUUUCGGACAGUCACCACAAGUUAGUUUGUAAACACCACUCUGUAGUUGUUUUCUCUUUCGGCUCUUAUUGUUCUUAAUAUAUUUGCUUAAGUUGUUGUUAGUUCUGAACGCUGGUGUUAUUCCUUCCUUUUUUAUGUAUCUGGCUAUUAUUGUUGUUAUCUUGCCAGUAUAUGUGAUAGAGCAGAAGGUACUGGGUUCUUUCUGUGGUGGUGGAAUAAUGGUUCUGGUUCUUUCUGUGGUAAUAAAUUUUGUGGAAGUAUAGAAAACAAACGUUUUCAGUGUUUUAUUGUUAGAUAAAGUGAACUUCCAUCAAGUAACGGUCGAAUCCAUCAAUUACCGUUAUAAUGCCUGACUAGUCAGUAAUGAAUUCAUCUUAUUUCAAUGUAAUAUACUUAUGAUUUGUCUAUCAUGAAAUAAUCAAACAAAAGUUAAAAAGUGCACUAAUCUAAUGGAAAUUCUUAACAUAAAAGUCAUAUAAAACAUAAAAAUCUAACAAAUGUGUUUAACUCGUUCAGUGCCCACGCCGACAGUGUGUCGGCACGAGGGUUUCAUCAAGGGUGCCGACGACGCACGAGGGGCGGCGGUAGUACUGCCUUACUAAAUAAACCCUUUAAGUGCGUGGUACCAGCCAUGUGGCGUUUGUUCAAGCUGGGCACCGAAUGUCUGUGUUUUCUCCAGCAGCAAUAAUUACAGUUUGAUAUCGCCUUGUCACGUUUAAGACACGUUAACACGUAUCCAGUAACUGGCGCCAGUCUCACUGGCAUGCCAGUGCUGGACAGGUACGUUUACACGUAUCCAGUAGCUGGCGCCAGUGUCACUGGCACUCUUAUUAAAAAUCCAAGUACUGCCACUGAACCUCUUCUCAUAUUUGAAGGCUUUUUUUGUCGUCACUCCAAUUGUUUAAAAUUCCAUUGCUUUAUUCAUACUAUGUUUAUUCAUUAAUCACUAGUAAUGACGACAGUGCAUAAUUUUGUCUAUUAUAAUUAUUGUUAUCUAGGCAUGAACCACAUAAUCCACACGAUUCAGAGAUUUCACUUUAAGUGACCAGGUGGUACUUCCUUAAGGGGAAUGGUCUUCCAGGUCUUACUUCCAGCAUAAGAUUUCAGGAUUCUAUUGGUUUUUGCUAUGUUGAUGUUAAACUCGCAGCCCUUUCACUCCAUUUAUGAUGAUAAACUGCACUAAAAAUCUUGCAGUUCCUCUAUAUUGUCUGAAAUAUUUUUCUACAUAAAUUUUGAACAGUAGUGGGGAGGGAAUACAACCUUGUGUGACAUCCAUAACAUACCAUUUUCAGAUCUUAAUCAUCGAUUGUUAGUGGACGUUUUUGGAGCAGAAUGUCAGUCAUCGAGAAAUAGGCUUUGUUGCACGUCAUUGUUCUUUUUUGAAUCUGAAGUUUUUACUGCUUCCACAUCAUCCUUUGGUGCCUAUUUCCCCGUGUUCCGGUUUGUGUUUAUGGUUUUGCCUUUGUAUGUGUAUUUCUAGUCAAAUCUCCCUGACUUUUGUAAUCUUUAAAAUGUACUAUAGAGUUGAUUACAAUCUAGACAUCACAGACUAAUCAUAUUGAAUACAAACAAAGUUUCUCCAUAUUUAUCGGCCGUAGUUCAGCGACCUUCUAAGACAGAGCGCACGAGACCGAAUCUCGGCACUAACGACAUUUUCAUUUCUAUAAAUGAUACGAGCCGUUCACCGUGCCUGGGAGGGCACGUAAAACCGUCGGUCCCCCUCGGCUACUGUGCAUCGAUACAACAAUCCGAAAGGAUCUCUCCCCGGCAAAAAUGCCAUAUCAGAUUAUUAUUAUCAUUCUGAUAAUCUUAUAACUUGAGGGACUAAUAUGGCAAGUUCUCUUUUAGCCAACCUUUGUUUUUGAGGACAUUUUCACAUUUUGAGGAACAGGGGUGUUUAAUCAAUACAUCUGAGGAUGUAUUGAGUAAACACCCCUGUUCAAUAUUUUUCACAAAUGGCAAAGAACCUAGUAUUUUAAAGAAUGAUAAUGGAUUUUAAAACUGGAAACAUUUGUAACCAAGUCAACUUAUUCAUAUUAUUGAGGACACUGAAUUGGUAUAACGAAUAGUGAGAUUUUUACAAUUUAAAUGCUUACAUGAACCAGUAAUGUAAUUCCAGAAAUUUGCAUUUGUUAUUAUGUAUGUAUAAAGUUUGGUUUGAAAUAUGAAUUAAAGAUGUCUGAAUAUCGCCUGUACAGGGCGUGUUAAAUUAUAUUUAUAUUGUGGUAUUGUGAUCUUUUUCCUAAAAUAAAACAUCUUAAAUGGUU